CCAUUUCCCACUGUCAAAUUUGUCUUCGCCGACGUAAAAUGUGACGACCAUGAGAUACAAGGAAAGAUUUUUUACGAAAAUUGCAGCUCACAUUCAGUAACAUGAUGAGUACUUCUGUUCUAAGAAAAAUUAGGUAUAAAGGAAUAGUUUGCAAUGACGGAAAUGUGCUUAUUCUUUUUGGAAUUCGUAGAAAAUCAACAUUUCCAACCACCAGAGGACGGAGUCACAACUCAAGUUUUUGCUUAGGCCCUCGCCUUGGCUCUAGGUAUACAAGCACAGGAUCUCAAAAUAAUGGGGAAAAUACAGAUUUUGAUGCUGCAAAAAAGUACGACAUAGUCAUUGCUGGUGGAGGGCUAGUUGGCACGGCCCUUGCAUGCUUGUUAGGCAAGGAUCCUGUAUUUCAAGACCACAAAAUUUUGGUUUUGGAGGCAGCCCCAUCAAUGGAACUUCUAAAACACGCACCUGAGAGAUAUAGCAACAGGGUAUCAGCAAUCACCCCAGGAACAAAAGGACUUCUUGAGUAUAUUGGUGCAUGGGAUGAAAUCAAAAGUCUCAGAUACAAAAGUUUUUCAAAAAUGCAUGUUUGGGAUGCUUGUGGGGCUGGCUAUAUAACGUUCAAUGCAGAGGGUAUUCGGCAGGAAAAUGAAGAAAACACAGACCAUAGCAUGGCCUACAUAAUUGAAAACUCAAUCAUACUAUCAGCAAUGACACAGCAAAUUCUAAAUGUCCAUCAAAACGUGGAUUUGCACUACAGCAGUAGAAUAAAAGACAUUGAGUUCCCAGCAGAUAAGUGUGAGAAAAAUGUACCUCAACUGGUCCGACUUUCCCUUGAAAAUGGCAGUGAAUUUCAGACGAAAUUGCUGGUUGGUGCUGAUGGUAUCAAUUCUUUCGUCAGAGCCAAAGCGAAAAUGAGAUUUUUGGCUCAUGAUUAUCAACAGACUGCUGUCGUUGCUACGUUGCAUCUUGAAGAGGAAACACCAAACGACGUUGCUUGGCAGAGGUUCUUGCCCACAGGGCCAAUCGCUAUGCUCCCGCUGUCCAGAAACAGAAGCUCUUUAGUGUGGUCGACGACCCCUGCAGAUGCAAGGGCAUUGAUUGAUGUCCCCGAUGACGAGUUUGUCGAUGCAGUGAACAAUGCAUUCUGGGCUGAUUGCGACCGUCAUCCACUGAUUGAUAGAUCUGCAAGUGUCCUUCAGAGUAUCAUUAGUGCUAUCCAGCCAGGAACAUUUGCUGGUUCUAAAUUAAUGCAGCCCCCGACAAUAUCCGGCAUUGACAGAAGUAGCCGAGCAAUGUACCCACUCGGCCUUGGUCAUGCAUCUCACUACGUCAACAGCAGAGUGGCUCUCAUUGGCGAUGCUGCUCAUCGGGUGCACCCGCUGGCUGGCCAAGGUGUCAACCUGGGGGCGAGUGAUGUCCAGUGCCUGAGGGAUGUGCUUGUUGAUGCUGUUCAGCAUGGAAAUGAUAUUGGUGACUUGGAUCAUUUACUUGAAUACGAGACAAUGCGCCAAAGAGAGGUUGUUCCAAUGAUGACUGCAAUUGAUACACUGAAGAGACUUUUCUCUACAUCUUUCUUUCCCUUCGUUUUCGCGAGAACAAUUGGCCUGCAAGCUACAAAUGCAUUGACACCAUUAAAGGAUCAAAUAAUAAAGCAUGCAAUGAAGUAACUCAAGUCAUCCAAAUUAACAGAACUGGGACGUCCAGUGACAGCACUUCUUUCACCGGCAUUCACAUUGGCACAGACACUCUAUAAGUGCAUUGACCUUUACCCAUACAGGCGCUUUUCCUUUCUAGAUUUGCAAUAGUUUUGUAUGUGAUAAAGUAUGUUUUCAUGACAGAUGGUAAAAUUUACAAAUUGGUGUAAGGUAUUUUCAGGGGCCUUUUGCAUGGUUUUAGCACAGAGCUCGUCAUUGCAAUCAGCUACGUGUGGAAGUUGAAAGCCAGCUUAUAAAGUUCUUCAUAUUUGAAUUUGCUGCAAAAUAAACUGUUCUGCUUCAUUAGUUUGUUAAUGAAAAUGGAAUUUUGAGCUCUGUACUUCUUUUGUUACGAAAUGGAGGAGAAGAUCUGUUUAACUAUGAACGUCAAGAAAAUUGUUUUUAUAACCGUUAUUGCAUAUCCGUUGUUGCUUUGGCCAAAAAAUACCUUUUAUCGUUCUUGAGUGACAUUUUCAACACGCAAUUAAUUGCCAAGCAUGGCUUCAUCUCCUUGUUAGUUGUUUUCAAAUGUUCUACUGUCAUUCAAUAAUGCGUUGAAUUGUCUUUCGCUGCAGUCAAUGUUACAGCUCUACUUUGAAUUGUAUUGUAUUACUUUUGCAUUAGAUAAGGAAUGCUAUUUUUGCAAUAUGCAUAAAUGUUACACCGUAUGUAAAACACAUGAAUCUUCGUAUAAAGCUAUAGUAAUUUUGCAUUGCCAGUACACAUGCAUAGAAGCGAGGGUAUUUAUUAAAUGGAAAUUAUGUUUGUAAAAGUUUUCUUUUUUCUAGAAGUGAUUAAAUUCUUAAAUGUUUGAAAAAUA